AAAUAAAUAAAUAAAUAAAUAAAUAAAAAUUAAUAAAAAUGGAAAAAUAUCUUAAAUAACGUUCAAAAUGCCUCUAAUAACUAUAAUCUAAUAAAUACAAAGGUCUUAAAUUUACAGAGCUCGAAUUAUAAGCAAAUGAAUUAUUUAAGAAAUUGAUUUUUAAAGAACGUGAUCUGCAUGAUGAUCUAUUUUACAAAGUUCACACUUUGAAACACAUUGAAUAUAUAACUUAAAAAUCUGAGUUAUAUUAAGCAAUCUUAAAAUUACCAAAAGGAGCUGUUUUGCACAUUCACAUAGAUUGCUGUAACGACAUAGAAUGGUUUAUGAAAGAAAUAGCAUUCUUAGAUACUUCCUAUUACAAUGAAGAAACCCAAUGCUUUAAAUAUAUAAAAGUUGGAGAAGAAAUUGAAAAAGGAUAUAAAAGCUUAAAAUAAGAAAGAGACAAAAGUCAAAAUAAGUAAGAAUAUGAAGAAAAAAUAAAGAGCAUACUAAUCGUAUAAGAAGCUGAUAGAAUUUCUAAACAUAACAUUUGGAAACUAUUCGAAGGGAAAAUUAUAGGUAUUAACUAAAUAAUUUAUUAUGAAGAAAAUUUCAAAAGAUACUUAAAAUAAUAUUUGACCAACUUUGCUUAAUAAGGUGUUUUUCAUAUUGAAGCAAGAUCUCUUUUAGGCUCUAUUUUUAAUGAAAACCACUAACCAUUAAACAUUGAUUAAGAAGUGAAACUUAUCUAAGAUGUAAUCACUUAAGUUUAAAAAGAGUUUCCUUUAUUUACUUUCAAAAUUAUAAUCUAAGGACUUAAAAUGUGGGAUACUUCUUAAAUAGAAAAAUAUAUGGAAUCUGCUAUUAAUGCAAAAAAAUAAUACCCUGAUCUUUUUUGUGGAUUUGAUAUGGUAUAAGAAGAAGAUGCUUAUAAAAAUAUGGUUGAAAUGGCACCAGCCUUAUUAAAAUUUCCCUAAAUGUGUAAGAAAGCAAAAGUUCAAUUACCUUUUGUAUUUCAUGGAGGAGAGUCACUUGAACAUCACAAAAAUAGUAAUAUUCUUGAUGCAGUUAUGAUGGGAUCUAAAAGAAUAGGACAUGGCUUGAACUUAUCUUAACAUUCUUAUCUAUAUAAUAAGAUUAAAGAUAAAAAAAUAUGUAUUGAAAUUUGUCCUGUUUCUAAUUAAAUUCUUAAAUACAUUGAUGACAUCAGAUGUCAUCCUAUAAAAUCUUUCAUUAAUUAUGGCAUUAAAGUUUGUAUUAAUCCUGAUGAUCCUGGAUUUUUUGGUUAUAAUGGAGUUGCCAUGGAUUUUUAUUUUUGUGCUGUUGGACCUGUAUUAGACUAUAAAGAUCUUAAGCUUUGUGCAUUUAAUUCGGUUGAAUAUUCCUUAUUAAAUAAAAAAGAAAAAAAAAAUUUAUGGUCAGACUUAGAAAGAAGAUUUUAAGAAUGGUCUUAAUGGAUGAUUAAUACUUAUAAAUGAAAUUUUUUUAUUGAAAAAUAUAUAUAUAUAUUUUUUUCUAUAUG